GGUUCUUCCACCUUCGACCUUUUUACAACUAGGUACACGACAUAGGAACGAGUUGCUUUACACUCUCUCAUUAUGCACUGGACACACCCAUUUCUCCUUGCCGCCUGUGCCGGCCUGUCGGCUGCUCAUGCGGACCCGAAUGGCCCCGGGCAUGUGCCGAAACUCUUCGGUGGCCGAAAGUUCCUGUCAGAGUUGAAGGGGGGAAGGGUUCUGAACAACAAACCGUAUAUGCCCCGCGUGGCAGAGUUGCCCCACGACGAAGAAGAGGAUGCCGAUGUUGAAAAGCGAGAUGGUGAGCUUCGCGAGCGUCAGAACAAGAGCGGGCGGUGUGGAGGCAAUUCGGGAUCCUGUGCAACGGGAUACUGUUGCUCUAUAGAUGGGUGGUGCGGUCUGGGCGAGGACUAUUGCACUUCCCCUGACUGCCAGCUCAGUUACGGCAGUGGCUGUGAUGGAAACCAGAAACCGGAUGGUGCCGAUACAUCGACCAUUACAAGGAAGCGCGUGGGAAGUGUGCCAUAUGGUGGCGUAGGUAUAUACGACUGUGUCAAUGAGGGAGAUAUUGCUCUUACCUUUGACGAUGGUCCCUACAACUUUACGGGCGAUCUUCUUGACAAGCUUGCGCAAUACAAUGCCAAAGCAACCUUCUUCAUCACUGGUAACAACCUUGGCAAAGGCAAAAUCAACGAUGGAGAGUAUCCGUGGGCUGGCUUCAUUCAGCGAAUGGCGGCAGAGGGUCAUCAGGUUGCUAGCCACACCUGGUCCCACGAGAACUUCAGUGCAAUCACCUCUACACAGGCUCGCAACCAAAUGAUCUGGAAUGAGAUUGCCCUGAAUGACAUUCUUGGAUUCAUCCCCACUUACAUGCGACCCCCAUUCUCCAUUUGCGAGAAAGCUUGCCAGACGCUUUUGACUGAACUCGGUUACCACGUUACCUAUUUCGACCUAGACACCGAAGGUUACCUCCAUGAUGAUGCCAAUGAGAUCCAGACCAGCAAAGACAUCUGGGAUGAUACCAUCGUCGGGUCAAACCCGUGUAGGGACAACUACUUGCAGAUCGAGCACGAUAUCCAUUACCAGACGGUUUAUAACCUCACCGACUACGUGCUUGCCUCCUUGUUCAACCACGGCUUCAGAUCCGUCACCGUGGGGCAAUGCCUGGGUGAUCCUCCGGCGAACUGGUAUCGAGCUGGCAGCGGCCAGGUACCCGAAUAUACCUUCACAACUCGGACGCCGACGGGGACCGCCUCGUGUCUAAGAUCGUCAACGGUCAAAGCCACGACGACCGGGCCGAGCCCAAUCACGACCGGGGCUUUAGAAGUGAGUACCGAUGGUACUUGCGGAGUUGGCGUCACCUGUGCUGGCUCGAUAUACGGCAACUGCUGCUCCGGAAACGGCUGGUGCGGAAGUUCAGUCGACUACUGUGCCGAUGGCUGUCAACCAGCCUUCGGAACCUGUGAUGCCGCGCCUUCGCCUCCUGUCACGACAACUAUUACUACUCGUUCUUCCACUAGCACGAGCAAGACCUCAACCAGUAAGACCUCAACCAGCAAGACCUCAACCAGCAAGACCUCAACCAGCAAGACCACGAAGACCACGAAGACUAGCAAGACUAGCCAGACUUCGACCACUAAAACUUCCACAGUCAAAACUUCGACCUCGACGAGUCACAGUACGAGCCAUAGCACAAGCCAUAGCACGAGCCACAGCACGUCAACUACUCGGACAUCGACCAAGACCACCGCCCCCGCCCCGACUUUGGUUGCGUAAACAACCCUUUUCGCUUCUAUCCUUCGUUUCAGUCGUGUCUUGAGGGGUGGUAAACUCUUGUAAAGAGAGAAUCCUCCCCUUUUGAGACCUGGCUUGAAGCUUUGCCUUCUCUUGAUGUAAACAGUGGGCUACUGCAAAGCAAGUGGUUACUAACGCCGAUGUUUGGAACAGGAGUAGAGACGGCCGUUGUGGGCCUGGUACUGGUGAGACGUGCAUCGGAAGCGCGUUUGGUACUUGUUGCUCGGGCACGUAUGGAAUUUGUGGCACUUUGUGUCUGUUGGAUUGUCUGCCUGGGUAUGGGACUUGUACUCUCUAGACGAGUGCCGCCCAGAGAGGGAGAUGUGGACAGAGAAAUGAAGAAAAGGGGAUAGGUGAAAGAUUGUUGGUUCUAUUUGGUAUCUAUAAAUUAGUUGUCAAAAGUUCUGGACAUGGAGGAACCCUGCAUAAUCCAAGCAUAUUGAAGUGGCAGCAUUGGAUGAAGU